CACAAAUAAUUCUGACAAGUGGUCCCAACUGAGAAAGCCAUUGAGUCGGAUUUUUGGUAAAUUCGACAACUUGGAAGCGGUGCAUGCAUGCGGCCUCCAAGUUUGGACCUCCAUAGAAAUGGGAAAUCCGGUGGACGUCGUGCAGAUUUCUAGACAGUAUGUUAACAAAGUUUUGUACCAGACGGUAUUUGGGUGUACUGAUCCUGCUGGGGAAGAGGAAUUUGCAAAAAUGUCUCGAGAUCUGAGAAAUAGCGACAGUGGGAAAUUUCAUGUUCCCGACUGGCUAAAGCGACUUAUUGCCACCAAAAGUGAAUACAAACAUGCUGCAGAUUAUUUCAGAAAUUUGGUCAGACAAAACAAGAACAAUCAAGUUGAUUCAUUCUUGAAGCUGCUCGUAGCAAGCUGUCCAGAUUGGGAUGAGUCGAUGAUCGUAGCUCAUUGUACGGUGUUUCUGACUGGGGGAUUCACGUCAACGGUGACAACAAUUGUUUUUGCUCUUUACGAGUUGGCGAAAAACCCAGCGAUCCAAAGGCAGUUAAGAGAGGAAAUUAACGAUUGCCCGACGAUGAAAGAUCGUUUGGACAAUUCCUAUCUGGAUUGUGUGGUGAAUGAAGUACUCCGAAAAUAUUCACCCUUUCCAGCGGUUCUUCGGCAGUAUGAAGGCGGAACAAUUUCAGCGAUUCCCGUGAGCGGGAUCCACCACGAUCCAUCUACCUAUGCCGACCCAGAUAAAUUCAUACCUGAGAGAUUUUUCACAAAACCUUCAAACAGAUCCAAGUUUCUUCCUUUUGGAAUUGGAAAACGGAAAUGCUUGGGAGAACAUUUCGCUAUCCUUAUCAUAAAGACUUUUGUUGUAUCAGUUCUGACGAAAUCUACUCUUGAGCUUGGUGUUCAUGAGCCACUUGUAAUAUCACCAGGCAAAUUCACGACAACGGUGUCAAAGAUGGAGCUUAUUGUACGUGAACAGCAGUGA